AUGGCUCCUUUCGAGGCUUUGUAUGGACGUAAGUGUCGUACGCCUCUUUGUUGGAGGGAAACUGGAGAGAAAGUGUUGACGGGGCCCGAACUUGUGCAAAUUACAAGUGAUAAGAUUCAAGUGAUUAGAGAAAGAAUGAAAGCGGCCCAGGAUCGACAAAAGUCUUAUGCGGAUCGUCGUAGAAGGCCGAUCGAGUUCUCGGUCGGUGAUCUAGUAAUGCUGAAGGUUUCUCCGUGGCGUGGUGUACUCAGAUUUAGAAAGCAAGGUAAACUUAGCCCUCGUUUCAUUGGGCCGUUCAAGAUAUUGAAGUGUGUUGGAAAGAAAUGUCUCGCUAAACACGAGGAGGUGGUGCCAAUAACGGAAGUCAAAGUAGACGAGAAACUUAGAUACGUUGAAGAACCCGAAGCUAUCUUAAAUGAACGAACGGUGAAUCUGCGCAUCAAGGUUGUGGAACUGGUGUUGGUUAAGAGGAAGAAUCACCAUGGACCAAAUUGGACUUGGGAAAAUAAAGAAGAAAUGAUGGCGAAGUACCCAACCCUGUUCGAACAAUGA